CAAUUUUUUUACAUGUACUGCUUCAAAUUUUAUGUCGCGUACGAGUUUGCGCCAAGAGUGAAAGAGAACGCGUCCGCGUCGACGCCGACGUCGUGUUUCUGCGCUUACUUCAAGUCGCCUCGUCGUCACGUUAGUACCCCUUUAGCAGUGCGAGCAUUAGUCAGGUUAAUAAUCUGUUACUGAGUAAGAAGGCGGCAAAACAAAAUUGUUAUAUUAAUAUCAAAUGCUCUUAAAAAGAAGUGUACUAACUUUUUAAUGGUGACACGUCCAGCGACAGUGACCCAAAUGACAGAGGUUCUCAUUCAUGAAAUAAAUAGUCGAUUCGCCGGCGUCGAAGAAAAUAAUAUUUUUGCUGAGAGCACAAUUCUGGACCCGCGGUUCAAAAAAUAUGGGUUCACAAACGAAUUUGCAUAUGGUAGGACAUGUGCAAAUUUAAAGUCCCAAGCCGGGCGAAUCCUCAUUGAUUCCCAACAUCCUACCAUACCGGAGCCUACAAAUUCAUCUCCGUCAUCUAAACGUAAGCGCAGUAUUUGGGAUGAAUUUGAUGAACAGGUGAGUGACAUUUUGAAGAACAUCAACCCGACGGCAGGAGGUAUCAUAGAGGUAGACAAAUACUUGGAAGAGCCAUUGCUACCUAGGUCCCAAGACCCUGCGAAGUGGUGGUUCUCCAAAAAGGAGGCUUAUCCGAGGCUCUACAAAUUAUUUUUAAAAAGGCUAUGCAUAGUAGCCACCUCUGUACCCUCGGAGCGCAUUUUUUCCAAGGCUGGCCAGGUGAUUGUGGAACGGCGCAACAGGUUAAGCGGAAAAAAGGUGUCGCAAAUUUUAUUUUUAAAUUUUAAUAUGUAAUUUUUUAUUUUAAAUAUACCCUUUUAUUAUGAUCAAAUAGUUUUAUUCACGAAACAUUAAGAUAUUACAGAAUAAUACAAGUGACAAAUAGUUGUCAAUUACUUUUUCCAGUUGUGUUGAGUUGUAAGUAAUAUAUCAGUCACACGUUUGUUAGGUUCAUUUAAACACACCAGUACAGACUACAGAGUACGAGCAAAAUGACAUUGACAGAGUCGUGACUUCAAAUGUAUCGCUAUGCUUCAAAACGUCCUUCGCCUCGCCUCAGUUGAAGUGGGACAUUGUACUGGUUCAGGACAAAAAAGAGGCUAC